CGUCCAUGCGCUUGCUCGAGUGAGCAAAUGUUCGGGCGUGUCGGCCUCGGACGGCGCCGCCCCUCGUCACGACCGCGGGUCUUGGCGACGACGUUGGAACUCCUUGUCGCCGCCCUCCAGCGUAAUUCUUGCACCACCACCGUCGCCGCUUCUUCUUCUUAUUCUUCUGCUCUCGAGGAAGAAGCGGGAGGGGGGCAGCAAAAGGGAAGAUGGCUCACUCUGCCUCCUUUUGCGCCUCCCGUCGACGCCUCUUCCGUCGGGAAAGCGAUCGCCAGGGGCCGGCGCCCCGCCGGAGAUGGAGAGCCCACCACGGCCUUGAAGUGGGUUCGACGCUGCUGCUCUCACUUGCCGAUGUCUCUGGUCCAGAAGCUCUUCCGUCUGAGACAGGUACGAAGGGAUUUGACAAAAAAUGGUUCUAAUAUGGACAGUCAUUCUGCGCAGCAGCAACUUAGAAGGGUUUCAGCAAAAGAUGUGAUGAUGCCCGGAGAUGUGAUUCUUUUACCUGUUACUGUGCAAAAUGUUGCCACCAAAAAAUAUGAUUACUCUGAGAGUGAGAAGGAAAUUAGCUUCAUCCACAGCCUCGAAUUGUACAAGGAUUCGGCAAUCAUUGCUGUCAAUAAGCCUCCUGGUAUGCCGGUUCAGGGGGGUGUUGGCAUCAAAUACAGUAUGGAUGCAUUAGCUGCUAAAUCCUUCAAAUAUGAUUUUCCGGAAUCACCUCGACUGGUACACAGACUCGAUAGAGAUAGUAGUGGUGUUCUAGUGCUUGGUAGAACUCAAACUAGUGCUCUUAUUCUACAUUCCAUCUUCCGUGAGAAAACUUCUGGAGCUUUGUCUGAUGAUAUAAAGACAACUCGUAGAACAUUGCAAAGGAAGUACUUGGCCCUUGUGAUCGGAACUCCAAAACAUUCGAAGGGUCUCAUAUCUGCUCCACUUGCAAAGAUUGUAUUGGAAGAUGGGAAAUCUGAGCGAAUAACUAUUGUAAUGGGCACCAAAUCCACAUCAUCGCACCAUGCUUUGACAGAGUACCGAGUGAUUAGAUCUUCAGCUCAUGGCUUCACGUGGCUCGAGCUCUGCCCACUAACUGGAAGAAAGCAUCAGCUUCGAGUCCAUUGUGCGGAAGCUCUAGGGACACCUAUAGUCGGAGACUACAAGUAUGGAUGGUAUGCGCACAGGAAAUGGGAACCCAUGCCUUGGCCGGAGUCCAUGAGUGAGGAUGAAAAGCUUCCAAAGAAGAGACCUUUCGGCCUUGACUUGGAUGGCGGUAGCAUUGCUGAGAAGCAGCCUUACUUGCAUCUCCACUGCAAACAGAUGAUUUUGCCUAAUAUCUCCGCUGCUUUGUGUCAACUGCAGUCAUCGGCGGUGGAUCAUGAUUUCUCCAAACUUGAAAAAAUUAACUUGGUUGCUCCAUUACCAUUGCAUAUGCAAGAGAGUUGGGACAUUUUGAGCUGUCUACCUUGAUGACUUUUUAAUUAGAAGUUCGACUGCAUUCUGUUCAUGGUAUUGAAGAUGAUAAAUUGAUGCAUCCUGGCAUUUAUAUUGAUCCUAGAUCGCAUAAGAAUGAGCUUCUGUUUUGCCCUAAA